AAUUUAUUUUCCAGCGUUACGGAGUAUAGCUGGUAAAUUUUGUUUAGACGGCAACGUAUGAAUGCUAAGUCAGGCAAGCGUAGCGGUCUUGACGACGUUGGGUAAUUUGAAUGUGACGUAUAGGGUAAUUUGUAUAUGAAAAGAAGUAGAUUCUUGAGUUGGGCGUAGAGAACGCCGAGGAUCAUUCUAGCCUUCUACAGCAUAGAACUAGCACGUCUUUUUUUGGAGCUUCCGAUAUAAACAUGGAUCCGUCGAAAGUCGCAGAGUUAAUUGAUGUCAAGAUGAGUCAGUCUCAGAACAAUCUUCUAUCCGAACUAGAUAAUUUAAUUUCAAGCAGACUUAACAAUUUUCAACAAUCAUUUGGAGAAACCCAGAAGAUACUGAACGACGCCCAGGUCGCGAAGAUUCGGGAGAUGCAUUCCGACGACUAUAAAUUCCAGAGGAGAGGAAAUGAAGAACAGCACAAGGUCAACGUUAAGAUUCAUAGAAAACUCGUGGAAGCCAAUCAUUACCUCGAGGGAUCCCAGGACAGGCCAUCAGCAGUUUCAGACGCUAAGGAAAAAAUAGCCGAAGGUAUAGACAUAGAAAAACGACAAAAGCUCAUCAAAAUGGCCGACAAGUCGCCGUUGGGAUGGAAACUUGUCGAUGAGUACGAGCAGAACACUUUAGCCGACGACUCAGACGAUGAAAAACGCAUGUUCAAAGCCGAGGCGAGGGCGGAAAGAAAAGCGAAGAAAUCUAAGAAGCCAGAAGGGAGGCGUUACUUCCCUUAUAGCGGAUACCGAGCUUCGCCAUGGAAGAGCCACCCAGGUUCCCAGAAAGAACAAGGCCCCUCCACAUCUAGCUACACAUCAUAUACCCCCUUCGGUCGUACGACACCAGAAGAACGCAAGAAGCCCGGGAUCUGUUUUUCAUGCGGAAAACCAGGCCACUGGAAGGUGGAUUGUCCGUCCAUCAGAGGAAGCCGUUCAGAUCAGAUAAGUGAAUCUAAGAUUUUUGUUGAGCAUAACAAGAUAGUAUCUGAGAGUUCAUCCCAAAAAGAAAUAGAAGGGAUAUCUGAAAUUGUACAAGUUAAAAAUACAAAGUUGUAUGAAGAAGCUGAGGGUCAAGAUACUGAGUUUGUAGACUCGAGAGAGAAGGAGAAUGUUUCUCCUGUUGGAAAGUUGAAAGAAAAUGCUAGUGCAUGGGCCGAAUUCGGUGCUAGCAAAGAGAUUUUAGACGUGAUCCAGAACGGUUACAAAUUGCCUUUACACACGUUGCCUGAUGACAGAGAACUCACUAAUAACAGAUCCGCACGUAACCAUUCAAAUUUCGUACAGGAAGAAAUUGGGAAAUUGAUAAAAAGAGGUUGUGUUUCAGGAGUACAAUUUAAGCCAUCAGUGGUUAAUCCCUUAACCGUUUCUGAAAACAAGGGAAAACUUAGAUUAGUGUUAGACUGCAGACAUGUCAAUCCACAUUUGUACAAGAACAAAUUUAAGUAUGAAGAUGCCUCGGUUGCUAGGGAUAUUUUUGAGCAAGGGGAUAACGUUUUCACAUUCGAUCUUAAAUCAGCAUACCAUCAUGUGGAGAUUUUUGAAGAACAUAGGAAAUAUUUAGGUUUUUGUUGGGAGUUCCAUGGUCAGAAGAGAUACUUUGUCUUUAAUGUUUUACCCUUCGGUAUAUCUACUGCUGGUUACAUCUUCACAAAAUUAACCAGAGUACCAGUUACUUAUUGGAGGUCACAAGGAAAGAAGGUUGUCAUGUUCUUAGACGAUGGGAUUGCUGGUUGUAGUGACAUGAAAGUUGCAAACGAAAUGAGCAGACAAAUCAAGGCCGAUCUAAAUAAGCUGGGAUUUGUUUUAGCUGAGACCAAGUGCGAUUGGUUUCCCCAGAAUAAAGCGACAUGGCUAGGUAUGUUUUGGGAUUUUCACGAGGGAGAUGUUUACAUUACAGAAACAAGGAUGCAAAAAUGCAAAAAGUCAAUUGAAGAUGUCUUAACAAAAAUCCAAAAAGGAAAAUAUAUAAUACCAGUUCGAACUUUGGCCAGCGUAGCAGGCCAGAUAAUUUCUAUGCAACCGGCAAUUGGUACAAUAGUUCAAUUGAAAUCAAAAGAAAUAUUUAAGUGCAUCAAUAACCGAGCCUCUUGGAACGCCCCCGUAUUAGUUACAGGAGAAGCGGUUACAGAAUUAUUGUUCUGGUAUAAACACUUAGACAGGCUUAACGGUGUAUCAAUUUCACGAGUAAAGUCAUGUAAUUGCUGUUUAUUCACCGAUGCGUCGGGCACUGGAUUCGGGGCGUAUGUUAGUGAAAUACCAGACCUGGAAGUGGUCGGUUCAUGGACAGACUCCGAAAUGAAAUAUAGUUCUUCAUGGAGAGAAAUCGAAGCGUUAAAUAGAGCUCUGAAAUCAGUCGGUCCGUGUCUGGAAGGGCAGGAUAUUCGUUGUUACACAGACAACAAAAACGUUACUAGCAUAGUUCAGAGAGGCAGUAAGAAUGUACAACUGCAAGAGAUAGCAAUCGAGAUACAUGAUACAUGCGAUCUUUAUGGAUUGGGCAUAGAUAUGGUUUGGAUUCCAAGAGAAAUGAAUGUUAUGGCAGACAGUCUUAGUAGAAUAUCAGACAGUGAUGACUGGAGCAUUAGCCAUGAUGUAUUUCAAUAUCUGAACCAAAUAUGGGGACCACAUGUGGUCGACAGAUUUUCAUGUGAUUACAAUGCAAAAUGCAGUCGAUUUAAUUCGAGAUGGGGAUGCCCCAGUACAGAAGGUGUUGAUGCUUUCAAACAGUCCUGGGCUAAUGAAAUCAAUUGGUGGGUCCCUCCACCUCGUUUAGCUGCCAGAGCAAUUGGAAAAAUAGUGAAAGAAAGGGCAGAGGGUACCUUAAUUGUUCCUGUGUGGGAAUCUGCUCCAUUCUGGCCCAAAAUUUACCAAGGAGGAAAAUUUGUUCAAUUUGUGAAAGAAAGUUAUGUAUUUCCAUGUCAAGAAAUUAUGAAAGGAAAAGGAAACAACGGUAUUUUUGGUUCCGUGGGACAACGGUUUUCCAUGGUUGCUUUGAAAUUACGUUUUUAGACAUUCUUAUUCAUUUUU